CGGCGGACCAUUGUUGCGUGUGGCGACACGUCGUUAGAAUUAAUUCGGAGACGUCCAUUUUAUGUUUCUGUUUAUUUUUUAAACAUGCUUUCUAACUUUACUAAUAAGUGUGGUUAGGUCACCACUGGUGUAGGCAACCAACAUUACAACGGCAGCGAUCGUCUGUUCCACAGUGAAAUUACCACAUAAAUACUUAAAAUUUUUACCAAAAAAUGGGUGACUCAAAGGCCCCCAAAGCCUACCAAACUCGCAGAAUCACCUUUUCGGCCUGCCACCGAUUACACAGCCCCCAUUUGAGCGACGCUGAGAACGCCCAAAUUUACGGCAAAUGCAACCACAUUAACGGCCAUGGACACAAUUACAUUGUAAAAGUGACCCUUUUUGGGGCGAUUGACCCGAAAACCGGCAUGAUUUUGAACAUGACUGAACUAAAGAAGUACAUGGAAGAGGCUAUAAUGCAACCAAUGGACCACAAAAAUCUAGACAAAGAUGUAGAUUUUUUCAAAACUAGGCCAAGUACUACGGAGAAUUUGACCGUUUUUAUAUGGGAGAGGAUGAAAAAGGUGAUGGAAAGGCCGGAUUUGUUGUACGAGGUUUUGGUUUAUGAAACCGAAAAUAACAUUGUCAAAUACCGGGGCGAAUAAUCUUUAUUUCUAUAAUGUGAUACAUUGUAAAAUUGUAACAACAUUCCUUGUAUUUUUUCGAAUAAACAUAUUUUUUUAAUAAAA